AUGCUAGCUGCUGCCCUUGAUCACUAUUCGGGGGUUGAAGGAUUGGUGGCAACGACCAAACCUCUGACCCAAUCCAUCAUCUGUUGCCACGGUUGCCGUUUAUCGGUGAAGGCCGUCUGCAAAGUUGAUUCAAAAAUGGGUGAUAGGGUCGUUUUGGGCUCGCAGCAGCGCGUUUACGAAGAAAUGAGCCAGAGAGGAUUAACCGUUAAUAACAUGGUACGGCAGAUUUUAAAAAUCUGCCAGAAGAUUGAAUCUCAGGUUUCCUCAUUAAAUAGGCUAGAAGCGGAGAAUAAUAGGUUAACAGCAUCGCUAAACCAUGUUGAGGCAAAUUUUCUCAUGCUUCUGCGGACAAGUCAGGCGGAAAUUGCGAAACUGAAACGUGGUUCUCAGAACAUUGCAAAGAGUCAUAGGAGCAGAGGUAUAAGUACACUUGAUCCACGUCGUUCCAUUGACCAUGCGGAUCUGAUUGGGUGUCUCCAUACACCUCUGAACUACAAAAUUAUAACAGACACUAAGCACAUUCCCGCCUUGAGAUGUGCUGGAUUGCGAAAUGCUGGCCGAAGCUCCUCAUCGAGCACAGGCUCGUCAAGUGCUAGUUCCAGCUCUUCCAGUAGUUCGCUCUCCUCGUCAUCAGCGUCGGCCUGUCAGAAGCGGCCACCGUCACACCAGCAUCAGCAGCCAUUGCCUCUAUCCGCCUCAACAUCUCAACGACCCUUGGCUCUCGUUAGCUCCAUCAAUUCCGGGAGUAGAACAUCUCAAAAUCACCACUUCUCUUCUGAAUGCAACCACGUACAGUGUCGGAACCAGAAAACUCCGGAGUGUUUGGUCUCCAAACCAAGAGUCUCAAUGACUUCGGAAUCCGCUUUUCCCGACUCCGUUAGCAGGGUGAAAUCAGAGAAGGGAAAAGGAAUGGAGAAACAUUUGAAUCCUGUCAUGACAGACGCGUCGACAGGGGUUGACGAUGGGCCUGCGGCUCACCUGAUGCGUCUUGUGCGGGCCUCCAUCCGUUCGGCGCGCGAGCACCAUUCAGCCUCUGUGAAGCUUGCUCCACCCACAGAAGGAAAGUACCUGGCUGAUAGUGAGAAAGCCAUAAUUGAUGCUUAUUACCACGCAGAAGAGGAGCGUUGCAUGUUGGCAUUGAAGCGCCCUCGUAGCCAGAGUCCCCAGCGCAGUCUGCCCUUUUCACCGACUCUUUUUGCCCGACGUCAGAUGCUUAAGCGCAGCUCCCUCUGCAGUCCAAAUCCACCUCCAUCUUGCAACGUCACCUCCACCACAAACACCGCUUCCACCUCCGAUCCACUCUUUAGGAAUCCUGUCAUUUCUAGAACAUCUACCAGUGCCAGUAUUAACCGCACGGAGGCGAAAUCGAAGAUCAUAGAGAGUGUAUCCUACCCCACUUCUCCCGCUUCAGCUACUGCAGGUGUGAGCACGCCUCACAUUCCUGAGAAAGAAGUGGAGUUUGUUGACACCGACGAUGAAGCAAAGAAGGUGGAGAAGGAGAACAAAAGGCAGCAGAAGAUGGAGAUUAGGGCGGAUUUGGAGGCGGCGACGGGAGGAGAGCAGGAGCUCAGUUUUAACGAGGGGGAGAAUCGCAUUCACGUCGACUCGCCGCGCAUUGAAAUCGAAGAUGCUAUCUCUGAAGUCGAUUCUCGACCCGAUGCAGAGAAAGGCGAGGCAAUGUCAGAGGGUGAGGUGAACGAUGAGGAGGAGGAAGACGCGAUGGAGGAGGAGAAUCGCGGUGAGCGAACCAUCAACAGCAACAACAACCACAGGAGGGUGCACCGCAGCGGCCGCAUUCAUGAUCAUCAGUGGUUUCAUCGUCACGCCGAGUGCAACGCCGCUCUUCGCCAUUCGCCGCCGAAGCAGGCUCAGCAUAAACCGCGUCAUCGAGUCAUUACCUCGCAUGAGCGCCGCUGUAGCGUUGAGGGGCUGGUGGAGACAAUACCUUCGAAACGCUCCCGACGGCUCUCUGAUGAGAGAGAGAGCUACACCCGCUUUCGAAACUCACCGCCCCGGCGCGCCCACAACCAUCCUCGAGUCCCCGCCCCUCGUCCAUCUGUCUCUAUCGCUUGUCGCCGUUUUCUUCCCACCAGUGGCGGUGGUAGGAAAUUCAUGAAUGUUUUGGUACAUCGGACUCGGCCUUCUCCGGCCUUCACGUCUCAUCGCUCCCCCGCUGCGGUCUUUCGUAGUUCCCGCCGAUCCGUGACUCAGCGGUCAUUUGCGCAGCGACGCUAA